AUGAGCUCUCAUUCCUCUCUAGAAAUUUCAAUCUGGGAGGAGCGUUGGAACUCCGAUGUUCGCGCUGCCCGGGCUCUUGCGGCCCUAAAAUUAAAAGAUAGCGAGAUCAAACGGUUGCGCGAAGAGAAUGACUCGCUCCGCGAACGAAUCUUCGAUACCUCAGCAAGUCGAGAUAAUCGCUUGGAACGACGGUUGUCAGAUGCUCGUGAGCAAAUUGCUCAGCUCCAGAGCCAGCUUGACGCGUCGAGAAGAGCGAAAGAAAACGCUGUUGAUGAGAAAAAUGAUGCGAUAACAACGACCAGAGCUGUAAAAGAGCAGCUUUCGUACGCGGAAGGGCGCAUCUCCGAUUUAAUUUGCCAAAACACCGAGUUAGAGCAAAGUCUGAAGGACCAGAAGUACAAGCCUCGUGUGAAACCAUCGACGACAGACAUCACCAUCAAGGGAUUAAAAGACGAUCUGGUCGAUGCGCAACAACGAGCAGAAGAAGCGAUCAACAAACUCGCGGGAGUGAAGACUCAACGAGAGAAUCUCGCGCGACAGCUUCACGAAGCAAGGGAAGAACUGCGAAAAGAAAAGGCGCAAUCAACGAUGGCUUCGGAAACGCUUCGUCGACGACAAGAAGAUCUUCUCACAGAACAGGACAGCGUAGAAGACCUUCGUCUCCAAAUCGCGGAGCAAAAAGCCCUCAUCACUCAGCUUCAAACGCUCCACGCCGACGCGCAGCUUUUAUUGAAAAAUCAACAAGUUCAGCACCGACAACAAGUUGUUCAUUUCAAAGCGUCGCAAAAGAAACUACUUUUGUUCUGUAAAAAGCUGGAACAGAAGCACAAGAAUUCGCAAGGAAAGGAUCAGGCGUUGAAAGAGAAGAUCAAAAAGCUGAAUUCGACACUGAAUGAAAAGACAAGCUUGUUACUCGAAAUUGAGGAAGCAAGGAAGCGGCAAGAUGAAGAAGUUAUUUCGCUUAGAUUUCAAAUACAAGCUCUUCUCGAUGAAGCGCAAUUAGCUGUCUCAAAGGACGAUGUUCUGCAGACAAAGAGACAAGCAAGCAAAGAACUCAGAGACAAGCAGCUUCAGGAGAUCAUGGCUGCACAUCACAAACAAUUAACAGCUGCUACGGAGAGGAGAGGAGCGAUGGAAGCGGAGUUGAAGAAUAUUAUUGAGCAGAAUGGAGACUUGGUGGAAAAUCUUGACCAGUUGAGGGCGAGGGAACAAGAGCUCAAAGCAAAAGUGAAUUCAAAGAUUGUUCAAUCAAGGGACGCAGAGAUAAAGCUCACGAACUUGGAAAUAAAAGCUGCUCACUUCGAAAAUCAGUGGAUCAUCGCAAAAGACAAGCUUGAUUUGAUGGAAGCCGAGCUCCAGCGAUCAGAAAAGAACUCUGAUAGACUCAAGCAGAACCUGAAAGAUGUGAGGGUGAAGUUGGAGGGUAAAGAUCUGACGAUUGAGGAGCUCAAUGGAAAGAUCGAAGGCUUGAAGCUCAAUAUGGUCCGAAUGCGAUAUCGGAAAAGGGUUGAUGACGAUGUCAGCGACGUUGACUCAAUCGACGAACCGAUGGGUCAAAAAACAUCGAGAUCGGCAGCGCUGGAAAUGAAGAUGCUCAAGAACUCGCAGUCUAAGAUGGCGAGACAAAUCACAGAACUCAAGAUGAAAAAAGCUGACGUGGAGGCAGAGCUCCGAGAUCAACGAAAAUCACACUUGGUCGUUAUCGGCGAAAGGAAUGAUUUUAAGAAAUCGAGAGAUCAGCUGAGUGAUGAGUGUAGGAAGCUGAAGAAGGCAAGUUCUAUUCAAACACAGAGAAUUGAAGCGAUGUCAGUCAGGAAAGGUUCUUUAUUUCCAGGUUUCUAUUGA